GAAGAAACUAGCCUGAACAUUACUGUGAUGAUAUUAAGUCUAUUAUGUUAUUCUUUGUCAAGUUCUCCUUGUAUCAGGAUCAUGGCUAUGAUUAUAUUCCUCAGCGGAUCAUUGACUGGUUGGAAGCUGGGCCCACCUUUCUUCAAGAUUCUGGAUUAAUGCCAUGGUUCAGACGCUUUGGACAUAGUUCCCAGUUUACAUAUGCCUCUGACUGCAGUGGCGCAGAUGGUCCCUUUCAAGCGCUGGACAUGCUCUUCACAGCUGCCAGGGUUAGAGAUACUUUGGAAUUCCUGUCUGCCAGUGAAAUCAACAGAUCAAAACGGGAAUUCCUGGAGAUGAACUUCCCAAGUCAAGUCUCUGUGUACUGCGCAGGAUUCCCCUGCCAGCCAUAUAGCCUGUUGUCCUCUACCCGUCGAAUGAUGUAUGACGAAAACAGCAGUCAAUUGGUCAAGGUCGUGAAGCGCCUGCGCAAAUACAGACCGAAAAUUGUUGUCCUCGAAAACGUCAUGGGUUUCUACUGCUUGGUCGAUGCUUUGAUUGAAGUGCUCCACGCAAACUGCAGUGGGUACGCCAUCAUGAAAUAUGUGUGCAGCCCGUGCUUUGGUUAAAAAUCAUUUACGAAAGGCUGUGAUGUGUCAGUCGUCCAUGGGCAGCCUCAAAUUGUCAAACAGCUUAGGAAUGACUACGGCGCUCCACUUUCCCGUCGGCGUGUUUAUGUCAUCAUGGUUCGGCGUGACAUGAUGAUUGCACUUGAUGAACCGUUUGAUGAUUUCAUGCGCAGAAAGUUACGUGAAUUGCGGCAACCUGUGCAAGUGCGUUGGCAAGAUUUGCUACU